CACUCCAAACUCCCCUUUUUUGGGGAGAGUUUUUUUAGGAGUGAAAAAAAAUUCUCUCCUCAACUGCUUCCCCCCAAAACAUGGCAUUCCACCACCUCCUCCUCUUUCUCCUUGCCCUCUCCUAAUGAUUUGUUACUUUCAAGUUCCUUGUUUAUGUUCUUUUGUGGUGCUUGUUACAAUCCUCUUCCAGGUUCCUUCCGUAGCUGUUUAGGCGCCACGGCCCGGGGGUGCUUCUUCUUUUUUUUCCUUUCGGGGGACCCUUUCCACCACGCGUGGCCACCCUCCGCCACCACCACCGCUCCCUCCCCGGCUCCAUUAGGGUCCCCUUCCCUUCCAUAUAUUACCAUUAUCUUUCUUAUCUGCCGAUAAAUUUAUUUUUUCCUUUCUAGAAUCUACAAACCCCUUAAAUGUAUUAAUUCUACCACCUGGCCUCCCAACAUGUUCAAUAUAUAGCUCUUCUGUUCUCCUUGCAUGCUUUUCUCCCUUUUUUAUUGCAUGUGUAUAACUUAUGAAAGGAGGGUGGUUGGUUGGUUGGUUUUUCUUUCUCAUCUCAUUGAUGUUCUUUCUACUUGCCCUGGAUAUAUAAAUGCAUUUUCAUUUUAUGCAUCCUAUAAGAUUUCAUUCGAAGGAACCGCGCGAUGAGCUGCUUCCCAUGUUUUUCUUCUCAGAAAAGUAAGGAUUCAGAUAGCAGGGAGAUUCCUGUGGCUCAUGCUACAGGCCCUGAUGAUGCAUCGCCACCCCCACCAGUAAAUGGUAAGCAAAAUCCAUCGGCUGAAGUCAGAAAGGAUGAAGAUAACACAGUUGACACCAAGACUAUUGCAGCGCAUGCGUUCAAUUUUCGUGAGCUGGCUGCUGCAACAAAGAAUUUCCGGCAGGAAUGUCUAUUAGGUGAAGGUGGAUUUGGUAGGGUAUACCAGGGAAAACUUCAGCCUAGUGGGCAGGUAGUGGCAGUGAAGCAACUGGACAGGAAUGGAAUGCAAGGAAAUAAGGAGUUUCUUGUUGAGGUAUUGGUUUUGAGUCUCCUCCAUCACCCGAAUCUGGUCAAGCUCGUCGGAUAUUGUGCUGAUGGAGAUCAAAGACUUCUAGUAUAUGAAUAUAUGCCAUUGGGUUCAGUAGAAGAUCAUCUACUUGGCACCUCGCAAGAUAAAAAGCCAUUAGAUUGGACAGCAAGAAUUAAAAUAGCUUCUGGUGCUGCUCAAGGUCUAGAGUAUUUGCAUGAGAAGGCAAAUCCACCUGUUAUAUAUCGCGAUCUAAAAUCCUCAAGCAUCUUGUUGGAUGAAGAAUUCAAUCCAAGGCUAUCUGAUUAUGGGCUUGCUAAGCUUGGUGGGAAUAAGAUGCAUGUAUCGCCGAGGGUGAUGGGAAGUUAUGGUUAUUGUGCUCCAGAGUACGAAAGAACAGGUGAGCUCACAUUGAAGUCAGAUGUAUACAGUUUUGGAGUUGUGUUGCUAGAGCUAAUCUCCGGGCGAAGAGCCAUCGAUACUACACGACCAAUGGAGGAGCAAAAUUUAGUUAGUUGGGCACAACCAUUUUUCAGGGAUCCAAAAAGGUUUCCUGACUUGGCAGAUCCAACUCUUGAAAGCAAAUUCCCAGUGAAAAGUUUAAACCAAGCUGUUGGAGUGGCAGCAAUGUGCCUGCAGGAGGAGCCUUCAGUUCGUCCGUUGAUGAGCGAUGUCGUUGCAGCUCUAAGUUUCCUUGCGAUUGCUGCUCGAGACGAGCAUGCUCCCCCGGUUCCCAACCAACCUUCCCAGGUGGAAAUUUCAAGUGCACCCAAGAAUGAUCAUAAUCAUGAGGAAGAAAGAGACGCCGGUGAGCCAGAAGAAGAACACGACAAUGACAGUGACAGCUCAAGCGAUGGUGAUGAUGAUGGAGACCAUGAUGAUCCUUUUGGUUCGAAAAGUUCAGACUCUGAUGAUGGAGGCAGCGUAGAAGAUCAGCAAGAACAAGACAAUUCAGAAAAGAACCAAGCACAAGUAAAAAAAUCUGUAAAAUGGGCUUCUAGAUGCAAAAGCAAGGGGGAUUGUAAGGAUGGAAGUGCUCAUUCAAUUGCAAGACACAAUAGUAACACCGAGCCUCAUGUCGAAAGCCCUGGUCAGAAUUUGAACUCCAACAGCAGUUUAACAAGGGGUUCAGGUUCCGGCAGGAAGGUAAUAAAAUGCGGGUCAAGUUCAAAACACUCAAGAAAGGUGAAAUCUGAGGGUGGAAGUGUUGGCUCAACUUCAUCGAGCGAGAGUAGCGAUUCUGAAUCGGAAGAUGGAAGGUCUAGUAAUAAUUCAAGGUCCAAUAGAGGUAUGGGUCCGAAAUACGGAAGUUAUGGUUCCAGUUCAAGGCAAGACAGUGAUGUGGGGUCCCGGGAUGGAAGUUUGGCUUUCGAAGUAAGAAUUUACAGCAAUGUGGAUUCGCAAGAUGGAAGCGUUGGUUUGAGUUCAAGGCGCGACAGCAAUGCAGAGUCACGGGAUGGAAGUCUUUGUUCGGAUUCAAGCAGUGAUAUUGAUUCGGGGCAUUACGGCAAUGUGGGAGCCGAACAUGAUGAAGAUGGUUUAUCGUAAUAAUCUCCAUCCGGUCAUCUCCAAAAUUGUAUGCGAUCGUCUACUUGGUAACCCAUUGACACCUCUGGCCUCUCUCUACCGCGGAGAUAUCAGUCCAACAUCUGUUGCAUCAUUGAAUUUGAUGAGAAGUUGGAAUUGAAUGACAUGUUUUUGAUUGAGUUAUAGUUGUACAUGGGAAGCAGGAUUUCAAA